AUCCCGGAAGUAAUCUUUGACAUUAGAAGGGCAAAAAAAUCACGCACGCACAAAUGUUGUGUUAAGUUUGCCGUCAACAUUAGUUAUGUCUGCUUGCAAGUUAUCAAGUUAUUGUAGACGGUUGGCACUGCACCGGAUGCUUAAGCAUGUAAAGAGGAGUUGUGUGUCUCACCCUCGACCAUAUGUUACCGAGGCCAUUCUGUCGCCACAGACAAACCUCGCAGACAAAAACUAUGCUCCGAAGUUGGAGAAAAUUGUUGAUGAUAUCAGUCAGCUUAAUUUGCUUGAAGUUGCUGACUUAAAUGAGUUGCUAAAGAAACGUUUAAAUAUCGCUGAUGCUCCUAUGAUGGCCUAUGGAGCCAUGGCAGCUCCUGCUGCUAAGGAAGAUGAAGAAGAAAUGGCACCAAAACAGGAAAAGGUUGCCUUUACGGUCAAACUUAUGAAGUUCGAUGAAGGGAAGAAAGUUCAGCUGAUUAAACAAAUAAAGACACUGAUGGAAGGAAUGAACUUAGUUCAGGCAAAGAAGUUUGUCGAAUCUGCGCCUGCAGUGGUGAAGAGUGAUAUAACAAAGGAGGAGGCGGAGACACUAAAGAAAGCACUGACGGAGGAU